AUGGCCACGGAGACAGCGGGUGUGCUGGUGGGGGUACCUCCUCUGGCCCUUCUGACAAAAAUGUACGCGACGAGGUAUGCUUGCCGCGUCGAAUUGCUACAGAAAGGUCUGGCAGAGAACAACCUGCGGGAGGCCCUCGCCAACUCGGAGCGCCAAGCCCGACAACAGCUGCUCCUGAACUGGGAACAGCACUUGGACAAGCCUCGUGCGGCAGUCCAAGAAGUUGUCGCGGUGAUCCGACCCCAUCUGGAGAUGUGGUUACAGAACGGGGUCGGACACCUCACCUACACGGUAACACAGGUGCUCACCGGGCAUGGUUGCUUCGGUGAAUACCUGUGUCGCAUAAGCAAAGAGCCAACGGCACAGUGCCACGAGUGUGGGGCAGCCAGCGACUCGGUAGAGCACACCGUGGAGGAAUGUCCACGGUGA